AUGUCCUUUCUCAAUCGUGUCUGGUCCUUGACUCGCUCUCGUGUCGCUCCUCAAUUGGCCAAUGUCGCCAUGCGUCCUGCAAUUCAGUCACCAUUGUCUGGAUCUGGCUUGUCAACAAUGUUCCCUGGUAUGGGAUGGAGCAAUCCUUUGGCAUCACAAAUGCGUUUCGUCACUUAUGGCAACACCUUUCAACCAUCCAACCUCGUUCGUAAAAGACGCCAUGGUUUCCUUGCCCGUAUGACUAGAAAGAAUGGCCGCCGUGUGAUUGCUAGAAGACGUGCCAAGGGUAGAAGAAAUCUUUCUCAUUAA